CGCUUGUCGUUGGUCUACGGUUCCUUGACGAGCACGGUAUACGUGCAAACCGGCGCAUGCACUGCAGCCCUUGCUACUAUGAUAAUAACGAGAAAGGUGGCACGGUGGGCGCUCCUCCUGAAGCGAGAGGCGCUCGGCCGAACCUACGGUGCACAAAAGCGGUUCGAGCAAGCACCCCGCGGUGCCACGGCGAUGCUGCCUCAUUCCGGCCGGGUGGUAGAUGACAACAUCGACACCGACACCGACACCGACACCGACACCGUGGCCACCGACCUGCACAGGACCAGCAGCUGCGUCGCGUUGGCGCUGCCGUUGCCGUUCCCGUACUACGAAUACUACUACUAUCCUCGUGCUGUGAUCGCCGCCUCCUUGUUAAACUCAGAUCGCCGCACGCUCACCGACAAACACGAGGACAACUACUUGUUAUCGUUACUCGCAAGAAUCGACGAACCGCCAGUACCAAAGUGCUUCGACUUAUUGUUAGUAGCAUCGACCAAAAUCCAGUCAAAGGAGUUGAACGAGCAACAGGACGAACAGGAGGAAUACGGUGAACAGGAAACGGAAAACGUGGCCAGUUCGACAAACGACGAGGAAGUAAGAGUGCUCGCGAACGUGAACAGUAACCGCCUUAAUCGCCGGAACGGGCGAGCACGAUUUUCCGCGUGACCAACAGCCACUCGC